AUGUUCUACCCUCGAGGGGCUUUUCAGAGGCCGCCAUCAGCCCAGGGACCCCCGCUCGGGCGCCACCGCUGCUGCGAGCUGUGCGCUCAUGUGUGUAUGUGCACACAGCGUAUAAAGGCACACGCACACCCCUCUCCGUGCCUUUCCAUGCACGGAUCUGCACGGAUGUGUGUCCUGGUGCUCCGCACCUCCCUGGCCGUGCUGGGCUCUCCGGGGGCGCCCCCAAGCACGGGGACCCCCCUUGGUCCUCCACCACCAGCGAGUCCAGACCUCCGGGCGGCAGGAGCGGCCCCACGCGGACACGUCACUUCCUGCGGCGGCGGCGGAAGCCGGAAGUGCCGCUGUGGCCGGUGCCGGGUCGGGGCGUGCCCGGUGGGGCCAUGGCGGGCACGGCCGGCUGAGGGGGACCGGGGGCACCGGGCGCUCCGAGCCGGCCGCGGGGCUCGGGCAGCGGCCGCACACCGGGUGUUCCGGCGCGGGGAUCCUCUGCCGCGGGCCAUGGCGGCGGCGGCGGCGGGUUCCAACUGGGGCCUGAUCAUGAACGUGGUGAACAGCAUCGUGGGGGUGAGCGUGCUCACCGUGCCCUUCUGCUUCCGACAGUGUGGGAUCCUCCUGGGAGCCAUGCUGCUGAUCUUCUGCUCGUGGAUGACCCACCAGUCCUGCAUGUUCCUGGUGAAAUCAGCCAACCUCAGCAAGCGCAGGACCUACCCCGGCCUCGCAUUUCAUGCCUAUGGAAAAGCAGGAAAAAUGUUGGUGGAAACAAGCAUGAUUGGGCUGAUGCUGGGCACUUGCAUCGCCUUCUACGUCGUCAUCGGCGAUUUGGGCUCCAACUUCUUUGCCCAGAUGCUCGGAUUGCAGGUGUCAGGUCCGUUCCGCAUCGUCCUGCUCUUCGCUGUGUCCCUGUGCAUCGUCCUUCCCCUGAGCCUGCAGAGGAACAUGAUGGCCUCCAUCCAGUCCUUCAGUGCCAUGGCUCUCAUCUUCUACAGCGUGUUCAUGUUCGUGGUGGUGUUGUCCUCCUUCAACCACGGGCUGUUCAGCGGGCAGUGGCUGCAGAGGGUCAGUUACGUGCGCUGGGAGGGCAUUUUCCGCUGCAUCCCCAUCUUUGGAAUGUCCUUUGCCUGCCAGUCUCAGGUCUUGCCUACUUACGACAGCUUGGAUGAGCCGUCUGUCAAAAUCAUGAGCUCCAUAUUUGCUUCUUCCCUAAACGUGGUCACCACCUUCUACAUCAUGGUGGGCUUCUUUGGCUACGUGAGUUACACCGAGGCCAUUGCUGGGAACGUGCUGAUGAACUUCCCUUCCAACGUGGUGACGGAGAUGAUCCGAGUGGGGUUCAUGAUGUCCGUGGCAGUGGGGUUCCCCAUGAUGAUCCUGCCCUGCAGACAGGCUCUCAACACCCUGCUCUUUGAGCAGCAGCAGAAGGACGGCACCUUCGCUGCCGGGGGCUACAUGCCCCCGCUGCGCUUCAAAGCCCUGACGCUGGCUGUUGUGUUUGGAACCAUGGUCGGAGGCAUCAUGAUCCCCAAUGUGGAAACAGUCCUGGGCCUGACAGGUGCGACCAUGGGAAGCCUCAUUUGUUUCAUCUGCCCAGCUCUUAUUUACAAGAAGAUCCACAAGAAUGCGCUUUGUUCACAGAUGAUCCUAUGGAUUGGGCUGGGCAUGCUGGUGAUCAGCACCUACACCACCCUGUCUGCCACUGAGGACACCCCUGUGAGGACAGAACCAGUGGGCUUGGAGCACCUGGACAGGGAGGAGAGCAGAAUUGACCAGGAUUCAGUCAAACUUCCAGAGCAGAACCCGGUGGUGGAGGAGCCCGAGGAUGACCGUGACAAACCCAAAGUGCCUGAGGAGAAGGAGGAGAUGGAGCAGCCACAGAUCAAGGUGCCCGUGCAGGUGCCCGAGAGGGAGGAGGAGAGAGGGAAGGUGGAAGAGAAAGUGCAGCUGGACCGUCCUGAUCAAGGGAUUGCUGUGCCCGUGGGGGAGGCCCAUCGCCACGAGCCCCCGGUCCCACACGAUGAGGUGGUCGUGGACAUGGGGCGGGAGCGGGAGGAAUCCAGCGAGAACAAAGCGGCUCCUGGAGGAGCCAGCGACCGUCUGCUGGAGGAGCCAGCCAGGCUGAAGCCCCCGAAGGAGGCACUGGGCCCAAAGCAAGGCAAGGAAGUGGCUGCUGAGAGCCAGCAGCGAGGAGGGACUGGUGGGCCCGUCCCAAAUCUGGAGAAGGUCCCGGAGGCAGCGCUGCAGCAGGGGGGAAGGCCGCCCUACAAGGAGCUGGAGCCAGGGGAAGCCAAGCUGGAAGCCAGGGCACAGGCGGCCGUGCUGGAUGGUGACACUGCCGAGGCUGCUGAGAGGGACAAGGCACAGCUCCAGCUCCCCAGGAAAGCAGAGGAGGCGGCAAAGCCCGUGGAGAAGGAAGCAGACCCUGGUGAGAGGCAGGAGCUGCCCCUCCCAGAGAGAGCAGAGCUGCUGGAGAAGCAGAACACUGAGGAGAAGCAGGAGAAGGCAGGGGAAGCAGGGCCAGCAAAACUGCUGGACCACAACGUGCUGCUGCAGGUGAUCAAGGAGCAGCAGGUGCAGCACAAGCAGCUCCUGGACCAGCAGGCAAAGCUGCUGGCAGUGAUCGAGGAGCAGCACAAGGAGAUCCACCAGCAGCGGCAGGAGGAGGGGGCAGAGGAGAAGCCAAAGCCAGCAGAAGCACAGGCAGAGCCUGCCGUGCCCCUCUCCAGGAGCAGGGAGGACGAGGGCCUCAGAGCCAAGGGAGACACGGCCAGGAAGGAGCAGCUGGGCCAGCAGCCCCCCGAUUCCACCAGGCAGCACAGGGACGUGGAGGAGGCUGGGCAGAGGCGUGACAUUCCUGUGGCUGCUCCCAGGGAGCGGAAGGUGCCGCUGCAGGAGAUUGACAGAGCUGUGAAAAAUCCCGUGGAGAACCGGGAUCCCCUCCACGGGGAUGCCCAGCGUGUUCCAGCAGCCAGAAACCACCUGGAGAAAAAGGCCUUGGCGGAGGAUUUGGGAGGAGAACGUGAAACCAAAGCUGGAAGAGAUGUCCACCAGAAGAAGAAUUUCCUGAAAGCCGUGGAAGCAGCUACAGCUCCCAUCCAAAGAGAACAGCCGGGGGCUGCCAAAGUUCAGGGAGUAGCAGGAAAGGGCUUGGAAAGAGACUCAGGAACAGACCUUAAAGCCAAAACUCUGAGUCAGGUGGAGCCCAAGGAGCUGGCAGGGGUGCCGGACUCUUCCAGUAACAGGAAUGUGGCAGUGAGGGAGCAGCACCCCCGGGACAGGGAGCGGCCGAGAGCAGCGCAGGCCGAGGGAGCGGGCGGGCGGCAGCGGGACCCGCCCGGCCCCGGGCACGGGAAGGAGGAGGAUCCCGGGGAGGAGCCCCCGGGGGGCCGGGGGGGUGGGGGUCCCUCCAUCGGCGCCCCUCAGGAUGCUGAGAACGGAGCAGCCGCCCCCAGGGAUGCACAGCAGCCGGAGCGCGACGUCAAACCCAACCGGGAGCUGAAGCUGCAGGGGGGGCUGGACCUGCGGCGCAGGAGACGGGACCUGGACCUGCUGCCUCCCGACCAGGAGGAGGAGGAGGAGGAGGAGGACGGGGAGGAGGCUGCAGCAGGAGCAGGGGGGGUCCUGAUCGGCCUGAACCCCCUCCCCGACGUGAAGGUGAACGACCUGCGGAGCGCGCUGGAGGCGCGGCUGAGCCGGGUGGCCGAGGGCGCGCAGCACCUGGCGCGCAGCCGCCACAUCCAGCAGGUGACACGGGACACCAGCCCGUGACAGGGCCGUGCCUGUGCUCCGCAGGGAGGGCUCGGCCUCACUGAG